UAUGUUUCCAGGGGCAGAUGGUGUUAACUUCAGUAGUCUACAUUUCCCUGUGGGCUAUAUGACCUUGAGGAAGCAGUUUACAUUUUUCUUUACUGCCACCUUUUUACCCUGGAGAUUUAGCUAAACUGUCUGUCACUGAUGUACUAAAAUUAUCCCCAGGGUUUAGUUACAGUGUCUACUAUCACAUGACCAGUAGAGGGCUCUUUACAACCACAGACAGACAGAUGAGUUAAGCCUAAUACUAACCCUAAAUCUAAGCCUCAACCCUGAACAGCCCCUUGAGAGUACAUGUGAGGGUGAAGACCACCCUCACUUUCAUAUCCUCACAGUUGUCAACACCUUUGGGGACGCUGAGGAUUUUUGUUUCAAUAACUGUAACAUAUCUAAAUCCCUAACCUAAUCCUAACAUAAACCUAGAAUUGAAUUAUGUUUAUUGGACCUAUAAUUAAAUCCCACAAGAAAACUGUUAACAAUAAUAAUACUAUAAUAUGGCUUGUUUUAUAUUUCUCCAGUAUUUAUUUGAUGGUUUAACAUGUUGAACAUGUAUAGGGAUAAUAACUUGAAGAAGAAAUGAUGAAAAAGCCUAAAUUUAGUUUCUAAUGUCUACUGUAUCACUAUGUUAUGACAGCUUUGGAAAUGAUUAUAAAUCACCAGUUAUUUUCUACAGUAAUUCAAUAUACCAGUGCUUUAAAUAAAUUUGAUAAUUUCAUUUUGGAUUAUUAAUUCUUUCAGUAAUGUUUUUCUACAUCAAAUGACCUUCAUUUACAUGUUACUCCACAUUGAUAUGUCUUUUCCAGAUUUCUGAGUUAUUCGCAAGUCACAUACUACUUGCAGAAAACCUUUGUAGACAGAAUAUCUCAUACUUUUCAUUCCCAGUUAUAGUCAUCAUUUAAUACUUUUACCCAGACAAAUGUUUCCAGUUCAAAAUUAAAUUUGACAUUUUGUGUAGAAAUAUCCCUCUUACUGGAGAGCAUGAAGUCACCUAUAACGUGCAUUUUCAUAAAAUUACUGACUUCGACUGUACAUGAAUGCUACUUAUUGUUUUGUUUCCUGCUCUUAUGUCUUUUUAUUGUUGUUUGUUCGUUGUCUCUCCUGUCUGCGUCACAUCACACUCCCCCCACCAUGCUGCUCUCUCUUUCCCUUUCCCAAAUGUAACUCUGUGCUGUCCUGUGUUCAUAUCCUUGCCUCAAAUGUGAAAUGUGUUUCACAGCUCUUCCACAGGGUCAGGAAUAGCUGUAACUGUAGCUAGUUUUAUAAAUAGCCCCUGGCCAAAGUUCAGCAUGCAUCACAGUGUUUGAAGACAUUUCAAAUGCAAGUGCAAAUGAAGAAAGAUCUUAAAGACUGUGUGACAGAGCUGCCUAUGGCCGCAAUGUUUAAAGCAGCUGAAUUUUAUUACUGUAAAACACUGUAAUUCAAGGAGAUGCUCUGUUAUCUCUGAAACACCAUCUCGACAUCUAAUAUAUGUUUACUAUUCUACAGCAUAAAAGGUGUUAAAGGGAUCUCAAAAACAUGAAAAGAUGGAGGAUUUUACUGGUUAUUCAGUUUAAAGUGCUGCAUGUGAUUUGAGAACUGUGACUCUGUUCUCAGCAUCAUUUGGAGCAGCUAGUAAUUAAUUACCAGUUAUUUAGCAUUACUAGGUGUUGAUCUACUGUCAGAAACCUGCAGGUGGGCUAGCAUGGCUGGCUACAAAAGCUGUAAUGGACUAACUCUGUUAAUCAUAUAGUUGACUAGUUCUAGUGGCCCUGGGUCUUGAAGGAUACUGGUUAUAUAUAGGCAGCUCUCUGUCCUUUUAAGGCCUCAAGAAGAGGCAGGUGGGGGUCGGAUGGAGACGGGUAGUGGUUUUGUUGGCCUUGGUCCUUGGUUCAGGCUGACUCCCUGUGGAUUCAGGCUGACGGCCGAAGUUGCUCCAAAGGAAAUCUCAAGGGGUCACUGUCUAGAGUGUCACCAUGUCAGUGUGGAUCAAACGUGGAGAUUACGACCAUGAACUCCACCACAAAGACAGCAAAUAUGUGGUUAAGGAGUACAGCAGCUCUGAGGCGGUGGAGACCAAAUAUGAGUACAAAACAAAAGUUCACAUCCAAGAAAUGAUAAAGGCAAAGAUGUUGGACAAAUAUGUACGAGAGGGGCCGAUGACCAGGGGUCCACAGUUCCUGGUCCGUCUCAGAUCUCAUACUGUGUUUGAAAACACUCCAAUCAAGCUCUUCUGCACUGUAGAGGGCUUUCCCACACCUGCUGUUAAAUGGUAUAAAGAUGGUGUGGUCCUGGACAUUUCCUCUGGAAAAUAUUUGGUUGAAUCCAAAGGUGGAGCUCAUUCUCUGGAGAUCCCAAGAUGCUCAACUGAUGAUACAGCCCAGUACACCGUUAUGGCGGGCAAUCUGCACGGACAGGCCUCCUGUCAGGCCUCAGUAGUUGUCAAGAGGUACAAACAGGAAGAGGAGGUGUGUCCCUACGCAUGGCAGCCAUUCACAGCUGCCAUGCUUCCAAAAAUCCAGUACACUAAAAUCAACAUUACCUUUGUGGAGAAGUUUGGCCCAGUGUUUGCCUCUGAGGGAGAAUCUGCCACCCUGACAGCAACCAUGACCUUGAACCCCAACCUGGCCAAUCUGCAGCCUGAGGCACAGUGGUAUAGAGAUGAAACUCGUCUGUAUGACUCUAAAUGGGUUAAGAUCGACACUGGCAGAGGAGUCACCACCUUGACUAUUCCUAACCUCUUCAAAGACGAUGAAGGCCUGUACACCCUGCGCAUGGUCACAAAAGGAGGCACUGCCGAGCACAGCGCUUUUGUUUCUGUUGCAGAUGGUCCUCCCCCCGUCCCUGCUGCACCCGGUGCUCCUAUGGACAUCAAGAUCCACGAUGCUAAUAGAGACUACGUCAUUGUGUCAUGGAAACCUCCUAAUACCACCACAGAGGGUCCAAUCCUGGGAUACUUUGUGGACAAAUGUGAGGUUGGCACAGAAAACUGGGCUCAGUGCAAUGAUCACCCCAUUAAGAUCUGUAAAUAUCCCGUGUCUGGGCUGUUUGAAGGACACUCCUACUACUUCCGAGUCAGAGCUGUCAACUCCCAUGGCAUCAGCAAACCAUCCCGCAUGUCUGAUCCCAUCGCUGCUCUGGACCCUACUGAGUUCGAGAGGCUGCAUGCCAAAAAGCUUGGAGGAAAACUUGAUGUUGUGUCUUAUCAUGAUGAAGUUGAAGCUGAGGGAAAGCCUCCAGGUACUCCAUCUGGAAUUUACGCCUCUGAAACAGACAGGACAUAUGUUGUUCUGAGCUGGAAAGCCCCUGCAUAUGCAAGCAAGGCCCCCAUGUGGUAUUACAUGGAGAAGAGUAUGGCAGGCAGUGGUGCGUGGCAGCGUGUUAACACUCAGGUCCCUAUUCGAUCCCCACGUUAUGCCGUCUUUGACCUUGCCGAGGGAAAGCAAUAUAUGUUCAGAGUUUUAUCAGCCAAUAUCUAUGGAACCAGUGAGCCGUCAGAGCCGACUGGACCUAUCGAGACUCAGGAACUCAAAGGUGUGCCAUCAGCUCCUGGUCAGGUGAUUUCCACAAGAGAGACAGAUACGUCUGUCCUUAUCCAGUGGGCUCCUCCAAAGGAACCCAAUAACCUGAUUGGCUAUUACAUUGACCAGUGUGUAAAGGGAUCCAAGGACUGGACCUCUGCCAACCACAAACCUCGCAGGAGCGAAAAGUUUGUGGUCAGUGGUCUGAAAACUGGAGAAACCUACGUGUUCCGUGUCCAGGCUAUCAAUGAGCUGGGUCUAAGUGAUGAAUCCCAGGAGUCUGCACCACUGACUGUCAAGGCUGCCCUCACCAACCCCUCUGCUCCAUAUGAUAUUGCUCUGCUGAACUGUGACGGCAGUUCGAUGGUUCUGAACUGGAAGAAGCCUCUUCACUCUGGAGGAGCAAGUAUUAAGGAGUAUUUUGUUGACAAGAGACGCAGCGGAACAACCAUAUGGAGGGAGGUUCAUAUCCCACCGGUGACAGAAAGAGUUUAUAAGGUUGAGGGCCUCACACAGGGAGCGGUCUACCAGUUCCAGGUGUAUGCUGCCAACCUGGCUGGCCUUGGACCUGCUUCCCAACAUUCAGCUGACUUCACCUGUGAUGCCUGGAAUAUGCCUGAACCUGGCCCUGCCUAUGACCUGACUUUCUGUGAAGUAAGAGAUACUUCGUUGGUGGUUGAGUGGCAGAAGCCUGUCUAUACUGGUUCUGGACCAAUCACAGGCUACCAUGUUGAGUACGCUAAGACAGGUACUUCUAAAUGGACCACAGCCAAUGAGACUGCUGUCAGUCAUCGCUUCCUCAAGGUAACUGGUUUGGAGGCGGGCGUCAGCUACGUGGUCCGAGUGCGUGCCGUGAAUGCAGCAGGAGUGGGUAUGGCCUCAAUGCCCUCUGACCCUGUGACCGCCAAGGCUGUUGAAGGUUCCCAGGAGGUGUCCUGCACUGUGGAUGAGAAAUCAGGAGACAUUGUUUUGUCAUUUGAGUCCUGCCAAAUAAAUGAGGGCUCUCAGUUCAUCUGGAAGAAAGAUUACAAGGAAAUCACUGAUUUCUCUAAAGGACUGGUGAUUAAGACUGAAGGCAGCCAUUCUAAGCUGAUCUUUAAAAACGCAGAUAAAGAGGACUUUGGGACAUACUCUGUUUCUGUCACCAACACUGAGGGAGUUUCAUCCAGCUAUUCAAUCUCUGCCGAAGAGUUAGCCAAGAUGCUGGCGCUCAGCUAUGAUAUCAGACACCCAAUUAUCCCACUGAAGUCAGAGCUGGACUAUAAGAUUCUGGAAAGAGGUAGAAUGAGGUUCUGGUUGCAGGCUGAAGAGAUUUCUACCAAUGUCACCUACAAAUUCUUUGCCAACAACAAGGAACUGUCUGGAGCCAGUCCAAACAAGAUGGGUCAUGACGUCGCUACAGGUGUCAUUGAGUUCAUCUUGGACCAUUUCACUGCGGAGAAUGAAGGCACAUUUACCUGCCAGAUCACAGACGGAGGAGGCAAAGCACAAAGCUCUCUGGUUCUGAUCGGAGAUGCUUUCAAGGCAGCGCUGGCUGAGGCCGACUACCAGAGGAGAGAGUACAUUAGAGUCAAGGAGGGUCCCCACUUCAGUGAGUUCCUGUCACUUCAGGUCGGAGAUGACUGCUCCGUCACUUUGGUCUGCAAGGUUGCUAAUUUGAAGAAGGAAUCAGAGUUUCACUGGUACAAAGAAGACACAGAAAUUAUCCCUGAUGUGAAACCUGACCUGGGAUCAGGAGUCUGCAAACUGCCCAUUAAAUUGUUUUCACUGAAGACAGCAGGCAUUUACAGGGCCACUAUUAGUGACGACAGAGGAAAAGAUAUGAGCCAAAUUGACAUCUCCGGAAAAGUCUUUGACGAUGCCAUAAACAGGAUCAGCCAACUGGCUGGCGCCAGUGCAGCAGAGCUGGUGAUUAACUGCACAGCAACAGGCAUUCAGCUGCAAUGUCACUUGAAGUAUUACACCUCAGAGAUGAACAUCACCUGGUAUCAUGGUGAGACAAAACUCUCCCACAGUGACAAGUUUGUGAUUGGAGGAACCCCUGCUAUGGCAACAAUGGAGCUGAUUGAGCCAAUGGAGAAGGAUAAAGGAGCGUACUCCAUUGUCAUCGUUGACCCUGAAAACUCACACAAACGCACGCUGGACCUCAGCGGUGAUGUUUAUGAGAAAGCCUACGUUGAGUUCCAGAAACUCAAGGCUGAAGCCUACGCUGAAAAGAACCGCGGUAAGGUGGUUGGAGGACUGCCUGAUGUGGUCACUAUAAUGGAGAAGAAGACCCUGAGUUUGACAUGUACAGUGUGCGGGGACCCCAAGCCUCAGGUUUCAUGGUUGAAGAACGGAGCAGAGGUGGAACCUGACGAUCAGUACGUGGUCUCCCUGGACCAGGGGAAGUUUGCCAGUCUGACGAUCAAAGGUGUUUCCAUGGAGGAUUCUGGCAGAUAUACCAUGAUUGUCCAGAACAAAUAUGGAGGGGAGUCUGUGGAUAUAGUGGUCAGUGUUUACCGUCAUGGAGAGAAAAUUCCUGAGGCAAAACCAACUCUGACCCCUAAAACAAUCAUCCCUCCCAAACUCCCCAUCGAAAUCCCUCAGCCUAAGACCCAGUCUGCUCCAAGCCCCGCCCCCGCCGCCGCAAGCCCCACCCCUCCUAAGGCCGCUGCCGGAAGAGGUGUAAAGAGCCCCACCCCUACAAGGAGGAAGUAA